CCUGUGGAGAGGAGGCGGAGCGUCUUUUGUUAAAAACAGAAGGAGCUUCACUGCUCAGCCGGCGCUGAUGUGCUCUGAAAGUCUGGACAUAAAAAAAGUUUCUCUUCUGGUUUAUCAUUAAAACAAGGACUUUGGGAUUUAUCCAGCUGGGAGAUGUUUGCCACAGCUACCAGAAACUUUGUGGAGGAGGUGGAUCAGGGAGGUUUGCUGAUCCCAGUGUCCAGCCUGAAUGACACUAUUGCUCUUCUGACCGUGGUGGUGAAGCGCAAGCGUUUCUGGUUGUGGCAGAAGCCCAAGUAUCUUCCCACUGAUUUUGACCUCAAUGAUAUACUAACAGGAGACACACCUAUAAAGCCAGUUGUCACAGAGACAGACUUCAUCAAAUACAAUGGGACAUACGGUGACAACAUUCAAGGAACCCUGGAUGCAAAUCUUGUCCUCACCGUGAGCCUGGAGGGUAAAGACUCUUCCAAACUCCAGUCAUCCUUUGGCAGUUUGAAGAAAGAGGAAGUGGAUGUGCAGAAGCUGCUGCGAGACUCCAAGGAUAGGUUCUUAGACAUGUCCCAUAGUCUGGUCCAGCAGACAAAGGAGAAGCACAGACAGGUGUUUGGGAUUGUGAAGGAGCGUAUUGUGACUGCUCAGCCCUGUUCGGUCAUAGAGGAGGUGCAGCAGGGAGGACAGUGUGGAGGAGGACUGAGCUUCUGCGGGUCCAAGAGCCCAAAGAUUUCACUGAAGGAGAAUGGGAGCUUGAGUAAAGACAGUAACGUUACCAUGGAGAUUCCCAUCCAUACUUCCAUUGCCUAUGGCCUUAUUGAGCUAGAGAUUAAACAUGAUGGACGCUAUGAGCUGUGUCUGAUGUCAGACACCACUGGAGGUUUUGAAGUAGAUGGCCCUGCUUGGAAAGGACUGUUGGAUGUCUUCGGCGCUCCUGCGUACCCUUUUGAAAAUAGCCGACUUAGAGAAGAGCUGGAGCAACUGAGUGAUCAUUUCCAGCUGCUUUCAGCUCUUCCUGUCACCACAAGGUCCUCUCUGCUCCAGCAAAUCACAAAAGUUAUGGAGGACAGAGGGGCCGUCAGUUCACUUCAGAAUGUGCUGGACCAGAUGUGCCUGGAUAAGCCACCUGCCCUGGGCGAUGUUACAACAACAGACUCGCAAAAACAGAACAUCCAAGCAAUUCUGGACCUUUUGGAGCAGUCUGGUCAGGUGGAGUCAGCUCAGGCAGGCCAGUCCACACCAGUCCUCACAGCCCUUCACCUCAUUAUCAGUGCCAUGGAUGAGAUGACAAAUGAUUGUCUUUCUGUCUUGGGAAUGUGCUGCAGCCUCACAGUGUUACAGGCUCUGGAGCUACUGGUGCAGUGUGUAUCGGGGAAGGGAGAGUUGCCUCUGAGCAGCGCAGGCCUAGCUGCACUGACAGAAGACGUCUAUCAAAAGACUGAACAUCUGUUUGCCUCCUCUAAUGUGUGCCUGAAGAGAGACAGGGACACGGUGAAGACUGAAAUAAACCACCAGCCAGGAAACCUUCCUCUGUUCCUGUGUAUUGCUGUUAGAGGUCUUGCCUCAUUGACUCACUGUGUUUGAAAUGAAGACGCCUUUAUAUACACCAGAAACUUCAACUACUACACUGGAGUGAGGUAAAGGGGAUCACAUAGAUCAAAUAUUAUUUAUCAUUGUUUUUUAUUCUUUUUGGUCCUCUAAAACAUUAUUGCAUUUUACUCUAGGGUAAUUUUAUAAAUGUACUAGUGCUGAAACAAUUAGUCAAUUAAUCGACGAUCGACUACAGUUCGUCAAACAUUUUGACAAUUAGUUUAAGUCAUGGAUUUUGGACUGUUUGUUGGACAAAACAAGCAUUUUGCCUUAGGCUUCUGGGAAAUUGUGAGGGGUAUUUCUGGUUUUAUAGAAAAAACAUCAACAAAUGAGCAACUUAUUGAUCAACUUAUUAAAGUAAGGGAUGAUACCCUACAAAUUAAUUGUUACUAGGAGUUAAUCCACGCCUUCAAGCCAGUCCAACCCUAGAAUUUUCAGUGGCCAUAGUAUAAUAAAAAAAUAACUAAUAAAUAGCUGCAGCCUUAAAAAUAUUCUAUUACAUGGUCACAGCUGAAUUCAGAUUAAUUAAUCUCUGAUAUAGAACUUUGACUAGAAUUUACAUUUUCAACUUAGUACCUGCUGAUGGCAUUAGCAUCAAUAUACACACCAAUUUGAAUAUAAUGUUCAGAUUUUAGUCUGAAUAAAAAUGAAAGAACAAGGGUUCAAUGACAAGCUCCUGGUUCUUACCAUCUGAUUUUUGGUAAUGUCACUACAGAUGAAUGUGCUUAGUGUAUGAAAGAAGCAUCACUUUUUUAUUGUGUUCUCUCUUUAUCUACAGUAAACUUUGUAUAGAAUUGUCUUGUUUGUCAUUGUCAUAAAAACUUCAAAACCUCAUGAAUAAUAAUAAUGUCAUGUCUCA